AUGAGCUCUUCUAUCUUCUCAUUUGCUCUUUCGGUCUUUUUCUUAAGUAGCUUUACCCUCUCCUUGAAUUCGAUCAUCACUGAUAAAAAUGCACUAAUUUCUUUAAAAAACUCCAUCACUUCCAACCCUUAUGCUAUCUUGAGCACCAAUUGGUCUCAAAAUACUUCAGUCUGUAAUUGGAUUGGUGUGUCGUGUGGCCUCAAACACCACCGUGUCAUCGCUCUCAAUCUCUCUGGCUAUGAUCUUGCUGGAACUGUUUCUCCACAUCUCGGAAACCUAACGUUUCUAAGAUAUUUGGACAUCAGUUACAACCGUUUCACGAGGAUCUUACCCUUUGAGCUCUCUAAACUGCGUCGCUUGAAGGUGAUGAAUGUGGGAGCAAAUUCAUUCACCGGAGAAAUACCAACAUGGUUGGGAAGUUUACCUCAACUGGAGGAACUCUAUUUGCACAACAACAUUUUCUUAGGUACAAUUCCUGCAUCUUUGUCUAACAAUACCAAGAACCAGAUGUUACAAAUAUUAAACUUAAACUAUAACCAGUUGAGUGGGUCCAUACCAUAUUCUAUUUUCAAUGUGUCUUCCCCUAGAGAAAUUAGAAUUAGAAAUAAUAGCUUAUCUGGUUGGCUACCGAGUGAUAUGUGCGACAAUCUCCCAAAUAUUGAAGCACUUGAUAUUUCGGCCAACCAACUUUCUGGACAAAUUUCACCCAACAUAUGGAAAUGCAGACAUCUUCAAGAGCUGGUAUUAUCUAUCAAUCAUUUCAAUGGAAAAAUCCCAAGUGAAAUUGGAAGUUUGAGUAUUCUUAAAGAGCUCUACUUGGGCUUUAACGAUUUCAGAGGAAAUAUCCCUGAAGAAAUAGGGAAUCUUUCACAGUUAGAGGUGUUAAGCAUCCCAGAUUCCUCUCUUAUCGGAAAUAUUCCAUCUUCAGUGUUCAACAUUUCUUCAUUAAAAUUCAUGGACCUCUAUAACAACAGUUUGUCUGGAAAUAUCCCAAGUGAUAUGUGCGACAGUCUUCCAAAUAUUGAAGUACUUAGGCUUUGGACCAAUCAACUUUCUGGAGAAAUUCCACCAAACAUAUGGAAAUGCACACAUCUUCAGGACUUGGAAUUAUCUGUUAAUCAUUUCAAUGGAAAAAUCCCAAGCGAAAUUGGAAAUUCGAGUAUGCUUAGAAAGUUGUACCUGGGCGUGAACGAUUUCAGAGGAAAGAUCCCUGAACAAAUAGGGAAUCUUUCACAGUUAGAGGUGUUAAGUAUACCAACCGCCUCUCUGACGGGAAAUAUUCCCUCUUCACUGUUCAACAUAUCUUCCUUGAAAUAUGUGUAUCUCUUUAACAACAGUUUGUCUGGAAAUAUCCCAAGUAAUAUAUGCGACGGUCUUCCAUAUAUUGAAGUACUUCAUAUAUCAGCCAACCAACUUUAUGGAGAAAUUCCACCAAACAUAUGGAAAUGCACACAUCUUCAGGACUUGGAAUUAUCUGUUAAUCAUUUCAAUGGAAAAAUCCCAAGUGAAAUUGGAAGUUUGAGUAUGCUUAGAGAGUUGUACCUGGGCUUCAACGAUUUCAGAGGAAUGAUCCCUAAAGAAAUAGGGAAUCUUUCACAGCUCGAGAUAUUAAGUAUCCCAGCCUCCUCUCUAACCGGAAAUAUUCCAUCUUCAGUGUUCAACAUUUCUUCAUUGAAAUUCAUCGACCUCUCUAACAACAGCUUAUCUGCAGAUAUAUGGAACACCAAACAUCUUGACACCUUGUACUUAUUCAACAACAAUCUCAGUGGAACCAUCUCUCCUACAAUUGGAAAUUCAAGCAUGCUUAGAGUGUUGUACUUGGGGGACAAUCAUUUCACAGGUGAAAUUCCAACCUCUAUCACCAAUGCUUCUCAGCUUACUGGUAUAGACUUGAGCAGUAACUCAUUCACUGGUCCCGUUCCCGACUUUGGAAAUUUGAGGAAUUUGGAGGUAAUAAGUUGGCAGGUUCUUUUCCCCAAUCCCUUUGCAAUUGGAAACAAUAGAAUAGAAGACACCUUUCCAGUUUGGACCGGAAAUCUCACUGAUCUCCGCGUCCUCAUAUUGAGAUCCAACAACUUUAGUGGUUCCAUUUCUUCUCACAUUUCCAAGGCUAGUCUUCCAUUCCCCAAGCUGCAAGUUUUUGAUAUAUCCCGUAAUGCAUUCAUUGGCAGUCUGCCCCAUGGAUAUAUUAGGAAUUUCAAAGCGAUGAUGGAUGUACAGGAUAAUCAUCGAGGUGAUCAAGGAUGGUUUUCAUUUAGUUAUGGAUAUUCAUUGACUUUAACAGUGAAAGGUUUGGAACUAGAAUAUACGAGAAUUUUGAUAACCUUGACAACAGUCGACAUGUCAUCCAACAGAUUCUCAGGAAGCAUCCCAAACUCCAUAGGAAAUUUGAAUUCCUUGAUAUAUCUGAAUCUGUCUCACAAUUGCCUCACAGGAGGUAUACCUGCAUCUCUUGGAAAUGUGACAGAACUCGAGUCGUUGGACCAGUCUUCAAACCUAUUGGAGGGGAAAAUUCCAAGAGAGUUAACAAAGCUCACAUUUCUUUCUGUGAUAAACCUUUCCAUGAAUCAUCUUUCAGGGAAGAUACCUCAAUCGAGUGGCCAGUUUCCCACAUUUAGCAAUACAUCAUAUGUUGGGAAUUCUGGACUAUGUGGAUUUCCGUUAACACGAAAAUGUGAAGAGCCUGAGCCUGAGCCUGAGCCUCCAGUGAUGCUGCAAGAAGAUGAUCACGAUUAUGGUAUUCUAGACGGAUUCUGUUGGCAGGCUGUUGUUUCCGGGUAUGGAUGUGGAUUGGUAAUCGGUGUGACUGUGGGUUGUCUGAUUAUUGGGUAUGGAAGGCUAAGUGGUUGGUGGAAUGGAUCUACAGAUUUUACAGGAUAA